AUGGGAGGUGAAUGGGGAUUAGGUACAGCAUCAGCGAUGGAAAUCUUACUCCCCGAAAGUCGUGGAUUAUUUUCGGGUAUUUUGCAACAAGGCUAUGCUACACUUUCUUUUGGCUUCACUUUUGAAUUAUUCUGUAAUAGACAGGGUAGGAUGGAAGGCAAUGUUUGGAUAGAUUCAUUUCCUGCCAUAUUGGUCAUAUUUAUUCGUUUCUUGGUAAACGAGUCACCCGUUUUGGAAGCUCAUCAUAAAGUUAAAAAAUUAAACGAUAAAUCCUUUCUGCUUAGUUCUAAAUUAGCAUUAAAGCUUCAUUGA